AUGGCUGAAACUCCUCAAGAUAUCAUUCUUCGUUUGGAGGCCGAGAAGGCAGCUCUACAGCAACGGCUAGAACGCCAAAACAAACCGGAAAUUUGCAAAGUCUCCGUAAAGCUCUCUCCAUUUUGGCCGAACAAGCCUAAAGUUUGGUUUGCUCAAGUAGAGGCUCAAUUUGAGCUCUCUGGAAUCAAAUCCGAUACCACGAUGUUCAAUUACAUCAUUUCGCAGCUAGACCAGAAAUUAGCUGGAGAGGUGGAUGAUAUUAUCACUGCUCCUCCAACCGACGGUACCAAGUACUUGAAACUGAAGGAGGAAUUAAUCCGACGUCUUUCAAUGUCCGAAGAACAACGGGUACGCCAACUUGUCGGAGAGGAAGAACUAGGCGACAGAAAACCCUCUCAGUUUCUUCGGCACCUCCGCUCCCUCUCGAACAAUGCCCUCACAGACGAGAGCAUUCUGAGACAGUUGUGGAUGAGACGCCUACCCCAGCAAGUACAGGCUAUUUUAGUCUCACAGACUGACCUGACUCUAGAGAAACUGGCAGAUCUGGCCGACAAGGUCAUUGAGAUUGCCGGGCCAAGCAAAGUUUUUUCUUGCUCUUCGCCGGCCUCAUCAUUUUCUUCUACUGUGUUCGACACACUUCUGGCAAGGGUUGACGAGCUAAGUAAGCAGGUUGCUUCCUUAACUCACCAGAGGCCUGGACGUUCACGCAGCCGCAACGCAUCUGCUGGUCGUCGCUCUCGCACUUCGACACCUGGUGCUCCCGUAAAAAUGUGUUGGUACCAUAAAAAAUUCAACACCAAGGCAGCCAAAUGCAUCCAACCUUGCAGCUGGUCAGCGCCGCAGGAAAAUGGCAGCAACAGUCAGUAG